GACCGAGAGAAAGAGAGAGAGCAAAGCUUAGCACAAGAGAAGAAGAAGCAGAGAGAUGGCGCUGAGAGCAGCCGUUCUGCGGCACGUGCGAGUUCCAGUACAAACCCUAAACCCAAACCUAACCCUAGCCGGAGCCAGAUGGGCCCUACCUUCUUCUCUCCGGUGGAUGUCUUCGCACGACGAUCAUCUCACCAAAAACGAGGUCACCGAGAGAGUCCUCUCCGUCGUCAAGUGCUUCCCCAAAGUCGAUCCUAAAACGGUGACUCCUAAUGUACAUUUCCAAAAAGAUUUGGGCUUAGAUAGCUUGGAUAAUGUGGAGAUUGUAAUGGCUCUAGAAGAAGAGUUCAAGCUUGAGAUUCCUGACAAGGAAGCAGAUAAGAUUGAUUCUACAGAUCUGGCCAUUGAGUACAUCUAUAACCAUCCAAUGGCUGGGUAACUAUCUCUAGCCACUGGCUUGUCUCAUUCUGUGAGCUGUUGAAACGUAUUUUUGUUAUCAAUCAUGUGACAUUUGUAGGAAUUUGCUCAUCGUGUGGGCUGGAAAUAAUUUGCAUGUGUCUGAAAGAGAGUAUUCUUCCUGGAACUGUUAUUAAACAUCUUUGCAAUGUUUCAAUUGUAAACAUUGACAUGUUCUAUCCAAUCAGUUUUCAGGAUUGGCUGUGUUCCUUUUCCUGUUCAUGUUUUAAGUGCUGUUUUUCAUUAUAAGUUUGCCUGGUAGCUUGUAAUUCAUGUGUCUUGGAGUUAAAUGUGCAUGAACCCCGAUAGUCUGAUGGCCUCAGCUGAUCACCUAUUCGAGGAUACUAGAUGCACACUUGUUUUGAAUUUUCUAGUGAUCUACUGUUUGAAGUAUUAUGAGAUCAGUUACCAAAACUAUGUAUUUAAGUCCGGUUCGAGAGAGCUUAUCUGAAUGUCAUUUUA